UUUUGAAAAGAUAAACCGGUAUUUUCAGUGAUGUACAUGGAAAAUAAUUCUAGGAGAGUUUAUUAACAUAAUAGAAUUUUGGAAAAAACGAACAAAGAAACUAUACUCAUAUUCCUUAUUUACUUUUAUUUUUCAUUCCAUUUAAAUUUGUCUUCUUGUUUUGGCAAGUUCAUUUAGUAUGUCCUCUACAGAAAUUGAAACAGUUUAUAACUAUUUAAUAGUGCUAAACCAUUCUAUCUCGUAUCGCUAAUAGCACUUCGUACAAGUCAUGUAAAAAAUAUAAAAUAUGUGCCUACUCAUUGUAGUUGCUAUCUGUAGACAUGCAUGUAAUAAGAACAUCUUUAUUGUUACAUAAUAAAAAUGUUCCUUGAAGCAUUCCCGGUACAAUGUUAACAUUUUCAACGUGUCUAAACCGAAAUAUGUAAACAACAUUUAAGAAACCAUAUAAACAGUACGAAUUAAAAGAAAGUAUAUAUGAAUAUUUAUUUGAUGUAGUUUAUGCAAUGUUGGAUUGAAAGUUACCAUGGAGGGACAAGGGUUCUAACUUCUAGAAAAUUUUUCGUAUGUACAACACUGGUUAUUUUAGAACAGUGCGCAGGCAGAUUGCAAAGUAAGAUAAUGUGACGCAAUGUCUUGAUGGAAAUCUGAUUGGGCAAAUAAACCGACAAUGCUAUAGUGUGAAUCGGACUGAUUUCGGGCACAGUUUGCGUUUGCUUGAGAAAGCGAGUGUGGACUGUGGAGUGGUCGAAUGGACAACAGUGGAGUAUCAGUUGGUAUCAUCGAUGUUGGGCAUAUGCCAAUAAUCCUGAAAUUGUGCAUUUCUACGAACAAUUGUCUCGUGGUUAAGUACAACCGCUAUUUGAAAUUAAAGACAUUUAUCAAUCAACGUGUAGUAUCUCGUUAGCUGUCUGAGAAAACCUAGAAAGAAACGUAACAAUUGUACAAUCUAUAUGUGUAACUGAAUAAAAAAACCAAUGGAAAAGUAAAUGUAUCAUUAUGGAGAAUAAAACUAUGGAUCAAUUUUGCGGUAGCAAAUUUUGGGAUGAAGAUUUAGUAUGGAAUACGGAUGAUCCGGAUAUUCCAGAAUGUUUUCAAAAGACUAUACUAGUAUGGGUACCCUGUGCAUUUUUGUGGGUUUUCUCUGCGAUAGAAGUUUAUUAUCUUAUAAAUAGUAAAAAAAAGAAUGUUCCAUAUACAUGGUUAUUUAUUUCAAAACAAAUACUUGUAGUGGCUCUAAUUGUACUUAGUAUGGUUGACUUAGAAAAUGCUAUAAGUAGAAGUACUAGUGAAACCGUUUUUAGUGUUGACUAUUGUACACCAUCUAUUAAAAUAAUUUCUUUUAUUCUAGCAGGUAUAUUAGUAGUAUAUAAUAGAAAAUGUGGAAUGCAAACUUCUGGAUUAUUAUUUUUAUUCUGGUUUCUUCUUGUAUUAUGUGGAGUUGUUCAAUACAGAAGUUUAUUGAGGUUAUACAUCAAUGAGGGAGAAGCAUCAUAUUCCUUCGUAUCAUACAUGAUAUAUUACCCAUUAGUGGUACUUUUAUUCUUGUUGAACUUUUUAGUUGAUGAAGAACCUAAGUAUUCUGAAUAUCCAAGGGUAGAAAGACCAUGUCCAGAGCAAAAAUCUUCCUUUCCUUCAAAAAUAUUUUUUAGUUGGUUUGAUUCAAUGGCAUGGCAAGGCUUUCGAAAACCUUUGGAAGCUACAGAUUUAUGGUCUAUGAAUCCAGAAGAUUCAGCUGGUGAAAUUGUACCAAGAUUCGAUAAAUAUUGGAAUAAGAAUACACAAAAAAGUAACAAAGUAUUUUGGACUUGCUUUAGUGUACAGAGCACUAAGGCAUCAUUUAGAAAGGCAUCCGGUCAUGUUGAUUUUAAUAGUGGACGUAAAAAAAGAGUAUCAUCAGUUUUACUACCUCUUUGUAGAGCCUUUGGUUCUACUUUUAUAUUUGGUGCUCUACUUAAAUUUGUCCAAGAUAUUAUGACUUUUGCUAGUCCACAAAUACUGAGACUACUUAUUCGUUUUAUCGAUGAACGUGAGACAAUGUGGAAAGGCUAUUUCUAUGCAGUUUUGCUCCUAGUUACAGCUAUUCUUCAAACAUUAAUUUUAUCUCAGUACUUUCACCGCAUGUUCUUAGUUGGUUUGCGUAUGCGUACUGCAUUAAUAGCUGCAAUUUAUCGAAAGGCAUUGAGAAUGUCUAAUUCUGCAAGAAAAGAAUCAACACUUGGAGAAAUAGUGAACUUAAUGUCUGUGGAUGCGCAGAGAUUUAUGGACUUAACAGCAUACAUAAAUAUGAUUUGGUCUGCACCUCUGCAAAUAAUUAUAGCCUUAUAUUUUUUGUGGGAUAUAUUAGGACCAGCUGUACUUGCCGGUUUAGCUGUUCUACUUAUUCUUAUUCCAAUAAAUAUAUUAAUUACAAAUAGAGUGAAAACACUGCAAAUCAGACAAAUGAAACACAAAGAUGAGAGAGUUAAGUUAAUGAGUGAAAUUCUCAAUGGUAUAAAAGUAUUAAAAUUAUAUGCAUGGGAACCUUCGUUUGAAGAAAAAGUACUGAAAAUACGUAUGAAAGAAAUCAAAGUAUUAAAAGAAGCAGCAUAUCUUAAUUCUGGAACAAGUUUCAUCUGGUCUUUUGCUCCCUUUUUAGUAUCCUUAGUAUCCUUUGCAACAUAUGUACUUAUAGACGACAACAAUCAUUUAGAUAGCACAAUUGCUUUUGUUUCACUCAGUCUUUUUAAUAUCUUGAGAUUUCCUCUUUCUGUAUUACCUAUGAUGAUUGGUAACAUGGUCCAGGGCUAUGUGUCUAUAAAACGUAUUAACAAAUUCAUGAAUGCAGAAGAAUUGGAUCCUAAUAAUGUUCAGCACGACCCAUCCGAGCCACACACAUUAUUAAUUGAAAAUGGAACUUUCGCGUGGGAUAUGGAAGUUGAUGAAAAACCAGUAUUAAAAAAUAUCAAUAUACAAGUAGAACAGGGUCAGUUGGUAGCUGUUGUUGGUACAGUAGGAUCUGGUAAAAGUUCUCUUAUAUCAGCAUUCCUUGGAGAGAUGGACAAAAUAAGUGGUAGAGUUAAUACAAAAGGUUCCAUUGCAUAUGUAUCUCAACAGGCAUGGAUACAAAAUGCGUCGUUGCAAGAUAAUGUUUUGUUUGGGAAACCGCUUCAUAAAAGCUUGUAUAAUCGUGUAGUCGACGCAUGUGCGUUGGGUCCAGAUUUAAAAAUAUUGCCUGCAGGUGAUCAAACUGAAAUUGGAGAAAAGGGUAUAAAUUUAUCUGGUGGACAAAAGCAAAGAGUAGCAUUAGCAAGAGCAGUAUACAAUGAUUCUGACGUUUAUUUUUUGGAUGAUCCAUUGAGUGCAGUAGACUCACACGUUGGAAAACACAUAUUUGAAAAUGUGAUCGGCAGUAGUGGUCUACUUAAGAAGAAAACAAGAAUACUUGUUACACACGGCAUUACUUAUUUACCAGAGGUUGAUAAUAUCAUUGUACUUAAAGACGGCGAAAUAACAGAAAUUGGAAGUUACAAACAACUUUUAGAGAAAAGAGGAGCCUUUGCUGAAUUUUUAGUGCAACAUCUUCAAGAAGUGCAUGCUGAUGAUGGCUCUGAAGCUGAUUUAAAUGAAAUUAAGCAACAAUUGGAAUCAACGAUAGGAUCAAAUGAACUGCAACAGAAAUUAGCAAGGGGUAAAUCAAGAGUAUCGGAAAGUCACAGUGAGUCUGGUUCUAUACCUGACAGGAAAUCAUUAAAUGGCUCCUUAAAAAGACAAUAUUCUACAGAUAGUCAACAAUCUGGAAAUUAUUUACAUAGUAGUAGCCAAAAGGAGAUGCAAUUAAAACCGCAAAAAUUAACAGAAAAAUUAAUAGAAGUAGAAAAAACUGAAACUGGAAGUGUUAAAUGGCAAGUGUACUCACAUUACUUCAAGUCCAUUGGAUGGUUUUUAUCGAUAACAACUAUCAUAAUGAAUGCUGUUUACCAAGGAUUUAGCAUUGGUUCAAAUGCUUGGCUCGGUCUGUGGUCAGAUGAUAACUUAACAGAUUAUAGUAAUAAUAAUACAUUCGAUAGAGCAAAACAAGAUAUGUAUCUUGGAGUGUAUGGUGGACUUGGCCUUGGACAGGGCAUAACAGUGAUUGGAGGAGCAUUAAUCAUGGCGAGAGGAUCAAUAUAUGCUUCAGUGCAUCUUUUCGAGAGUAUGCUGAGAAGUGUUCUCCACAGCCCAAUGUUGUUCUUUGACAAAACUCCAAUCGGUCGAAUUCUUAGUCGACUCGGUUCAGACACUGAAGUCAUUGAUAAUACUCUACCAACAAUACUGCGUUCUUGGAUUACUUGCCUUUUUUCGGUUAUAGCCACUCUGUUGGUUAUAAGUGUUACCACACCAAUAUUUAUAGCAGUAAUAGUACCAAUAGGUGUAAUCUAUUACUUUGUCCAACGAUUAUAUGUUGCAAGUUCCCGACAGCUUAAACGUUUGGAAUCUGUUUCAAGAUCUCCUAUAUACUCUCAUUUCAGUGAAUCAGUGUCUGGGGCACAGAUAAUUAGAGCUUUUGGAGUACAAAAACGAUUUAUUCAUGAAUCUGAAAGUAAAGUGGAUUUUAAUCAAGUGUGCUAUUAUCCUAGCAUAAUUGCAAAUAGAUGGUUGGCAGUACGUCUGGAAAUGGUGGGAAAUUUAAUUAUCUUUUUUGCUGCAUUUUUUGCUGUAUCGAGUAGUAAUAUGGUAUCUGGUUUAGUUGGAUUAUCUGUUACUUAUGCCUUACAAGUUACUCAAACAUUAAAUUGGUUAGUGAGGAUGACUUCUGAUGUUGAAACAAAUAUUGUAGCAGUAGAAAGAAUAAAAGAAUAUACAGAAACUCCUCAAGAAGCAGCAUGGAAAAAUCCAAAUUACACGCCGCCUAAUGAAUGGCCUAUGCAGGGACUUGUCGAAUUUAAAGAUUACAAAGUUCGUUACAGGGAAGGCCUAGAACUUGUACUUCACGGAAUAACAUUUGCUGUUAAAGGAGGAGAAAAAGUCGGUAUAGUUGGUAGAACCGGAGCUGGCAAGUCUUCUUUAACAUUGGGCUUAUUCAGAAUAAUAGAAGCAGCUGCAGGAAAAAUUUAUAUCGAUGAUAUUGAUAUUGCCAAAUUGGGUCUUCAUGAUCUCAGAUCUAGAUUGACUAUCAUACCUCAAGAUCCUGUAUUAUUCUCAGGAACUUUCAGAAUGAACUUAGAUCCUUUCAAUAAUCAUACUGAUGACGAAGUGUGGAGAGCUUUAGAACACGCGCAUCUUAAAUCUUUUGUAAAAAAUUUGCCAAAUGGUCUUUUACACGAAGUAACCGAAGGUGGAGACAAUUUGAGUAUAGGUCAACGACAAUUAAUAUGUUUAGCAAGAGCAUUACUUCGAAAAACAAAAGUACUUAUUCUUGACGAAGCAACAGCGUCAGUCGAUCUAGAAACAGACGAUUUAAUUCAAAGAACAAUUAGGCAAGAAUUUAAAGAUUGUACGGUUCUCACAAUAGCUCACAGACUUAACACAAUUCUUGAUACAGACAGGAUCAUUGUCUUGGAUAAGGGACUUAUUGUGGAAUUCGAUUCCCCAGAAGCGUUACUUGGUAACCCAUCUAGCGUAUUCUAUAGUAUAGCUAAAGAUGCAGGCCUUGCAACUUAAAUAAAAUGCAUAUCAUGACUAUCGUGCAAGCAAUGAAAUAAGUUUCUAAUCUAUGGCAGAAUAUGUGCAAGCAAAUGAUAAGAAAAGAAGUAUAGGAAUUCAUUUGCAUAGAAAAAUACAAAAUACUCAUAGGCUUGAAAUGACCGAAAAUUUUGUAGGACAACUUUUUCAAUAAGAUCUUACAAUAUACUUAAAUAAUAUCAAGCACAGCCCAUUUAUAAAGUAGUACGGAUAUCCGUUACUUAAAGUACUGCCAUUUUAGUAGCACAUUCUGUGCUAAGUAGAAUAAGUUUAUAAAUUUGUGUACAGUGACUUAAAGAAAUUUUAAUAAUUUUAGAAGAAAGCUGCCUCUCAGGCUUACACUUGCAUAUAAAACCUGUGCAACGUACAAAGUAGAACAGUAUUUUGUAAUUCCUUCUAAUUACUAUUAAACUUCACUACACUUACACUUUGUUUUUAUUUUUUAUUGCAAGAGCAGUAGCUCAUUACUAACUUUUACUAUUCAAUUACAUUUUAUUAAUUUUAUAAAAUUUCGUUAAUUAAACUACAAUACUUAAACUUCUUAUUCAAGUUUGCACGUUAUAUCUUCAUGCUAUGUAAACUUUUCUUUUAGUACUUAAAAUUUUAAGAAAACUCAAAAUUACAGUUUUAUAUAGUAUGAAAGUUUAAUUUUGAUAUAUCAUGCUAUAUUUGACGAUUUAAUUAUUUAGAUACUAUACAAUUACAUACUAUAUUGUACAUUAAUUACAUACAGUACUUGAAUUCCUGUAGUGCCAUGCAAUCUGUAGACAAAUAUAAGGAAAAAUAUUAAUGCACAUUUAAACUAUUUCUCUUAUAGCUUUUCACAUUUUAAUAAAAACUGCUCGCGGUGCUAUUAUGAGAUAAGAUUAAUAUUUGUGAUUUUUCAAUUAUAAAUGUUCACCAUAUUCAACUACUUUGACUAAUUACUUUUAACAACUAUUUAACUAUUUAUGUAGUGACACAAAUACAGCUGGUAUGGCGCUAAACAGGAUACUAUAAGAAAAUAUUGCAAAUAAAAGGAAUAUAGGUUUCAUCUUGAA